CUCCCUCAUUUUUUCUGGUUCAUAUACAGUAGACUAGACCACAGUUUACAUCGCAUAGCCACCCCUGAAAUAGACCGGAAUCAUUUUUUUCAAGGUUAAACGGCCAGAGUACAUCUUCAUUUAUCCACCAUAUUUGGUAUGAUGACUCUUUUGAUAUUCUGAGGGGCGACGACCGUCGACCGCCAUCUUAGUUCGGGGCAAUAUCAUGCCGAAAAGUUGUUCUGCAUAUAACUGUACCAAUAGGUACUGCAAAAAUACAGAGAUUACUUUUCACAGGUUAGUUAUAUUGUUUGAUUAAAACGCAAUGCAAUUACCAUAUAUAUUUUUUGUGUGUGUUGAUUUCACUCAAUUCACUGUAUACCAUAUCUAAUUUCUACAGAUUUCCUUUCAGCAAACCAACUGUAUUUGGACAAUGGUUGGAUAACAUAUGCCGAGAUGACUUUUAUCCAAAGAAACACAUGGUCAUCUGCUCACUUCAUUUUACUACGGAUUGUUUCAGCGGUUUAGGCAACCGCAGAAACCUGCUGUGGAAUGCUGUACCCACCCUCUUUACAUUUCCACCACCAAAUUCUAAGGUAGGCCUACUCAUUUCACCAGCAUCUUUUGGAUUCUUACGUUUUACAAACAUUUUAGGUAUCUUAUGAAUGUGCAUUUUCCUAACUUUUGUGUGUGUGCAUGUAACAUAACUUGCCUUCUGUCAUCAAAAAUCAUGUUGUUUUCUAACUGGCUUAUAACAUUUGAUUUGAUUAUUGGCUAUUAACUAGCGGUUUUAUUUUAUUAUUAGAAAAGAAAGUCAGGAAAAAGGCUCAAAAUGCUUCCAAAGUGUGUCAGUGUGUCCCUAGAAAAAAUGGAAACACAGAAUGACCUGGACCCAGAAGAGAGACGACUACCCAAAUCUGCAGAGAGCAAAAAGAAAGUGAGCCUUUACCUAGCUGAGAAUUCUCAACUACGCACAAUACAAUGGAGUUGAGUGGCAAAGAGAUUCCAACUCCCACUGACAACUCUGUAAGGACAAGCACAGGUACACAGUAAGCGUUAAAUAAUUGAUAUUUAUAAAAGUAACGAGUAGGGAUGGGCAUGGUAGGGAUGGGAGGGUAUUCAUUUGAGAGAGAAAAAUAUAGCCUAGGCCUAUUUUAACAAUGAAAAGGCUUUGUCUAAAAUGAAAGAAAAUGAUCUAUGUGACAUUGCUACAUUGCCUACAAGGACAGAUCAUUACAUGGCCUAAGCACGUUUCACAUGUGAAACUUGUUAUUGUCUGUGAUGCUACAGUCAGAGGCUCCAUGUGUAGCAAGUGAAGUGAGAGAUUAAAAAUAUUUUUUAAUUCGACAAAUUACGGCUAGCCUACUUUGCUGACACUGACAAACAUAUCAAUAAAAACAAUGUUGUCCAUAUCAUAGGCCUACAAGAAAGGGACACCAACCUGGUCUCAGAGCAUUUCAUAUUAUUCUGUACUUAAAUCCAAGACACUCAAUUUAGUAUGAUAUGUUACGUUUCGUAUGGUAUGUAUUCAUUUGUGGAUGUCCAUCACCCAUUUCGUGUGAUAUGUUGGGAAUUACAAUUCGUAUUAUAUGUUACGAAUUUGCCGAUGCUCUCCACUGGUGCCAAUAAAAUAUGCUAUACUGUUUUUCGCUCAAUUAAAUUUAGAAUUUUGAUAACUAAAAGACAGAUCAUUGCCUUCUCUUUACAGGAAUAGCCAUUUGUUUUCCAAACUAUGUAACUAUGUUUUCCCGCAAUUGUAUUUUUAAAUAUUGCGACAUGUCUGGUUGGGCUUCUACUUUUCACUGACAGUCGCAACUCAACAAUAAUCUGCCCAUAUUGCGCACGCUGCCUUUCCUUCUGACUGUAGGCAAUGCGAUUUAAAACAAUCCACAAUUAUUAUUUUCAGCUUCCAGGAUUAUCAUGCUGAAACAUGAGGUGAUGGCGGCGGAUGAUGUGCAUUCAAAUUGCCAACGAUAAAAUGCAAUUGUGUUUGUUGUCCGUAGUUUAUGCCUUCCAAUACCAUAAAUCCACCGCCACCAUGGGGCACUCUGUUCACAACAUUGACAUCAGCAAACCACUUGCCCACACAACGCCAUACACGCUGUCUGCCAUCUGCCCGGUACAGUUGAAACCGGGAUUCAUCCGUGAAGAGCACAAUUAUCCAGCGUGCCAGUGGCCAUCGAAGGUGAGCAUUUGCCCACUGAAAUCGGAUAAGACGCCGAACUGCAGUCAGGUCAACACCCUAGUGAGGACGACGAGCACGCAGAUGAGCUUCUGACAGUUUGUGCGGAAAUUCUUCGGUUGUGCUUAUGCAAAUCCAGUUUCAUCAGCUGUCCGGGUGGCUGGUCUCAGACGAUCCCGCAGGUGAAGAAGCCAGAUGUGGAGGUCCUGGGCUUCCGUGGUAACACGUGGUCUACAGUUGUGAGGCCGGUUGGACAUGCAGUGCAUUCGGAAAGUAUUCAGACCCCUUGACUUUUCCUACAUUUUAUUACGUUACCGUCUUAUUCUAAAAUUGAUUAAAAAUAAAAAAUAAUCCCCCUCAAUCUACACACAAUACCCCAUAAUGACAAAGCAAAAACAGGUUGUAUUAAAAAGAAAAAUCUGAAAAAUCACAUUUAGAUAAGUAUUCAGACCCUUUACUCAAUACUUUGUUGAAGCACCUUUGGCAGUGAUUACAGCCUUGAGUCUUCUUGGGUAUGACGCUACAAGCUUGGCACACCUGUAUUUGGGGAGUUUCUCCCAUUCUUCUCUGCAGAUCCUCUCGAGCUCUGUCAGAUUGGAUGGGGAGUGUCGCUGCACAGCUAUUUUCAGGUCUCUCCAGAGAUGUUCGAUCGGGUUCAAGUUCGGCUGAGCCACUCAAAGACAUUCAGAGACUUGUCCCAAAGCCACUCCUGCGUUGUCCUGUUGGAAGGUGAACCUUCGCCCCAGUCUGAGGUCCUGAGCGCUCUGGAGCAGGUUUUCAUCAAGGAUCUCUCUGUACUUUGCUACAUUCAUCUUUCCCUCGAUCCUGACUAGUCUCCCAGUCACUGGCGCUGAAAAUCAUCCCCACAGCAUGACGCUGCCACCACCAUGCUUCACUGUAGGGAUGGUGCCAAGUUUCCUCCAGACGUGACCCUUGGCAUUCAGGCCAAAGAGUUCAAUCUCGGUUUCAUCAGACCAGAGAAUCUUGUUUCUCAUGGUCUGAGACCUUUAGGUGUCUUUUGGCAAACUCCAAACAGGCUGUCAAGUGCCUUUUACUGAGGAGUGGCUUCCGUCUGGCCACUCUACAUUUUAGUCAUUUAGCACUCUCUUAUCCAGAGCGACUUACAUGAGCAAUUAGGGUUAAGACCUUUCGAUUACUGGCACAACGCUCUUAACCACUAAGAUACCUGCCGCCCCAGCCAAGUAGCCAAGAGUGUGCAAAGCUGUCAUGUAGGCAAAGGGUGGCUAUUUGAAUAAUCUGAAAUAUAAAAUAUAUUUUGAUUGGUUUAACACUUUGUUGGUUACUGCAUGAUUCCAUAUGUGUUAUUUCAUAGUUUUGAUGUCUUCACUAUUAUUAUACAAUGUAAAAAUAAAGAAAAACCCUUGAAUGAGUAUGUGUGUCCAAACUUUUGACUGGUAGUGUAUGUAAAUAAGGUAUCGUGUUUAUUUUUAAUACAUUUGCAAAAAUGUCUAAAAACCUGUUUUCGCUAUGUCAUUAUGGGGUAUUUUGUGUAGAUUAAUGAGGACUUUUUUUAGUUAAUACAUUUUAGAAUAAGGCUGUAACGUAACAAAAUGUGGAAAAGGUUAAGGGGUCUUAAUACUUUCCGAAUGCACUGUACUGCCAAAUUCUCUAAAACGACGGAGGCGGCUUAUGGUACAGAAAUAAACAUUCAAUUAUCUGGCAACACUCCCUCAAUUUGAGACAUCUGUGGUAUUGUGUUGUGACAAAACUGCACAUUUUAGAGUGGCCUUUUAUUGUCCCCAGCACAAGGUGUGCCUGUGUAAUGAUCAUGCUGUUUAAUCAGCUUCUUGAUAUGCCACACCUGUCAGGUGGAUGGAUUAUCUUGGCAAAGGAGAAAUGCUCACUAACAGGGAUGUAAACAAAUAUAAUAAUUUUAUUUCAGCUCAUGGGACCAACCCUUUACAUGUUGCGUUUUAUGUUUUUGUUCAGUGUUUUUGUUCAAAGCUAGCGAAUUUGAGCAAUAUUAGCAUUGACAUGAAAUCAGUCAAAACACAUCAAAACAAGAUGUAUCAACUAUGGAAUCAACAAGAACAAGAUUAAACGAGCUGAAACGAGCCACUUACGAUUCUUGCUAGCAAUCUGGCCAUGCAGAAUCACAACAACACACUGACUUCUGCCCCAUGGAAGCGCACACAUCGUUUUAGUUAAGUUGUUAGCUAACACAUCAAUAGACAUGCAUUUACUAAUAUCUACAUUUGUUUUUGACACGUUUAUUCUAUUACAGACACCUUAAUGCAUACUUUUAAAUUAUAUUGUUAGCUUAACAUAAAAAUAAAAACAUAAGUUUCCAUCUAGUAUAUUUUUAUAGUACUAAUGUUACUGUCCCCACUACAACAACAAAAAUACUUAAAUACAUGUAACAUUUAAUUGAAAUACUGUAGAAUUCCAUUCAUUCCUAUGGAGGACUGCUCAUACUGGGGAGUGCCAAUAUGGCCGACUGGUGGUUUCAAAGCCUCUAAAUGGCCAAGUGUCAGCAAUCCAGGGUUUAUACACAUCAUUGGCCAAAACUCAUUGCCACUCAACUCCAUUGAGAUGUGAUAUUAUGUAUAUCUUGAAGUUGAGAAUUCUCAGCUAGCCUUUACCCUGCGCAGUCAGUCAUCUAAUGCUCAACUUCUAUGUGAGUCUUGUGCAACAUUGUAUUCUGUAUGGUUUGAGACUGAGCCAUAGGGUUGUUACUGACAUUUAUGCAAUAUCACAUUGAAUCUAAAUACCUGAAAUUAUUUUAUUUAUCAGUCAUAACUGAUUUUCUUGUGUGCCCUAUUUAUUUAGCAUGUUGCCAUCUUCGAUCACAGUUACUCGCUGUCCGACCCAUGUGCAGCGAAGGCCCGACUAUUCAAAGCCUUGGAUGCCAACAAAUGGCUCAACAGAAGGUUACAAAUGAAGAGACAGCUGAUCAACAAGAUGAGGUUUAAAUUGAAGGCAGCACGCGCCGAGUUGUCGAGUCUACGCAGCAGGCGGAAUCUGGCCAGGGCUGCUGGUAAAGGAUCUAUAUGGCCCAGUGUACAGAGCAGAGCUGUGAAUGAUAUCAGCUGACACAUUGAUUGACAUUGGUUUUAUUGGAAAGCUAUUUUGUAUUGGAACACAAGGAGUUAAAUGAAUUUGCUGAUCCUCUUCUGAAAACAUAGUUUUUUUCAAAUUUCAUCUUGGUCAAUGAGUGUAAAAUAUUCAUUUUGGAAAGCGUUGCAGCCCGAUCCAUCUUGCUGCCAUGUGCAAAACCAUUCUUUGGAUAAUAUAGUACACUUUUCCAAGAGUUUACAGGGACCUUCCUGGACUGAGUUUUUAUUCCUGAAUUAAAAUUAAUCAAGGAUUCUAAGACACAAAUUAAGUUGAAAAAUAUUCCAUUGACAUUUGCACAUGCAGGCAUUUACAAACAUGACCAGAAUUAUUUUUAAAAUAUACAGUACAAGUCAAAAGUUUGGACACACCUAC